AAAUUUGACUUUGGAACUAUUCGACUUUGAAAAUAAAAUUGAUUUCCAACUGUAAUCAAAUCAAUUAUUUUCUUUGUUGUCUGUUAUACUAAUCAUGUUAGCAUCUAGAAUAUCAAAGGUACUUGUUCAACCAUUAUUAAAGACUACAUUGGCUCCUCUGAAUAUAUCUGCCAAGUGUCUUCAUCAAAUGUAAGUAAUUAACAGACAUAAACGUGAUCCACUUUGAAUAAUUGCUCUUCCUAUAAGCGAAAAGUUUACAUAAUAUUGCCAGAAAAAACAUGGACACUCAAGGAGUCGUCCCUGAUGUCAUUGAUUCCAUACCAACUCAUACUGUUGAGGUUAAAUACCCAAGCGGUGCUGAAGUUAAAUUUGGAAAUGAAUUGACCCCAACUGUUGUCAAAGAUGUCCCUACCCAUAUUUCUUGGCCUUCUGAAGAAGGAGCCCUCUACACUCUAUGUAUGACUGACCCAGACGCUCCGAGUCGUCAAAAUCCCAAGUACCGUGAAUGGCAUCAUUGGCUUGUAGUCAAUAUACCUGACAAUGAUGUUGGUAAAGGGAAGACUAUCUCGGAAUAUGUUGGUAGUGGUCCACCUAAAGGAACAGGACUUCAUCGUUAUGUUUUUCUUGUAUAUAAGCAGCCCGGUCAAUUGAGCCCAGAUGAAAAGUUCAGGAGCAAUCGCUGUGGUGAAGGUAGAGAAUGCUUCAAGAUUCGUGAAUUCGCCAAAAAGUAUAAGCUUGGAGUUCCUAUUGCUGGUAAUUUCUAUGUUGCACAAUGGGAUGACUAUGUACCCAAAUUAUACCAACAGCUUUCUGGUGAUUAAUUCAUUAGUUCCACAUGCAUCUUUGAUCAUCAUCCUGCUCAAACCCACCUUUGUCCCUGGUUUUGAUUCAAUAUCAAUACCAUUUUUACACUUUAAAUCAAUGCAAAGCUUGAGUUUGUCAAUACCUAGAGAUUCGAAUUCUAUGAUAAAUUAUGUUAAAACACAGAGACCUUGCUCCUUCCAUCUCUUUUCUUUCGUUGCUAAAAUAUCUAUUUUGCAGAAAAAGCUAGUAUAUCUCUUUUAUGAUGAUCAAAGACUGAUUUACUAGCACAAGUGAUAAUAAAUAAAUUACUGUUUAAAUGGUU